GGAGGAGCAGCUGCAACAGGACCGCGGCGGUGGUAGUGGCGGCGGCGGCGGCGCGGCGGAGCCUGACCCGGAAGGGGUGGCGGCCCUGCUGCUGCUGCUGCUCGAGUCUCGGUUCGUGUAGGCUGGGCGCUGUUGCUAGCCCCGGCAGGCAGGCAGGCGGAGCUCGGCCGAGCUUUCCGGGCGCUCCAGACCCAACUCGAGGGAGCAAGAGGGGCUGGUGGGCUGGGAAGGCUGCCGCCGCCGCCGCAGGAGGAGGUCGGAGUUUCAUGGUGAGACCAGCCCUAGAAGGCGGCCUCUGGGUGGGGGAGAGGAGGAGGACGAGGUGUCGGAGAGCAGCCGGAGCCCUGAGCCUCCCCGCGCUCCGUCUCCCCUCCGUGCGAGCAUCUUGCCCUGUAAGAACAGCUGUGAAAUAUUCCUAGUUAGAGCGGCUGCUCCCUUCUCCCGCCUAACCCUUUUGCGCCUCUCUCACUAGGGCUUCGAGGGGCCGCCAUUAUUUAAUUUAGAGUUACCCACCCCAUUUACACACACACACACACACAGGCACUGGGGAGUGCUGCUUAGAGCCCACAUUCGCAGCACGGCUCGCCCCUCUGCUCCACGCACCGGGGCGAGGGAGCCUCGUGGCGUGACUUCUCUCUCCCCUCCCGGAAUCUCACUUCCUCCUCCUCUAUAGCUCUUCCCAUCUGCCCCAAGGGGACCCUCCCUCUUGACACCACCCGCCCCUUCCAGUAUAUUUUUGCUCCUUUUCUCCCCGACCUCUUCGCCCUUUCCACAAAGGGUUCCACUACGGUGUGAUUCUAGUUUUCGAGGGUCAGGCGUAGCACAGGGAAAGCUUCCCGCACACCAUUGUGACUUUGUUGUUGCUGCUCAUUUGCACCCUCCCACUCUUGUGGGCAGAGGUGGCUUGACAUACUCUGCCAUGCAAAGUGCAGAACCCGUUUCAGCGACUGCCGCACCAGUACCAGUACCAGCUAUGAAAGUGUCCGAGAGCGAAAGCAAGCUGGAGAUCUUGCUCCCAGCCCAGAACUGCACCAGCAAAAGCAGUAGCAGUAGUGGGAUCAGCAGUAUCCGAGGAGGAAGCAGCACCAAAAGCUGGCAGUAUAGUGAUCAUAUGGAAAAUAUUUCUGGCUAUUUAAUGAAAUACACAAAUCUUGUUACUGGCUGGCAGUACCGGUAUUUUGUCUUAAAUAAUGAAGCUGGCCUCUUGGAGUAUUUUGUGAAUGAACAGUCCAGAAACCAGAAGCCCAGAGGUACCUUACAGCUGGCUGGAGCUGUGAUAUCACCCAGUGAUGAAGAUUCUCACACUUUUACAGUGAAUGCAGCUAGCGGAGAGCAGUAUAAACUGCGAGCUACUGAUGCCAAAGAACGGCAGCAUUGGGUCAGCAGGCUUCAGAUAUGUACACAACACCACACUGAAGCAAUAGGAAAGAACAAUCCUCCUCUGAAAUCUCGUAGCUUCUCUCUUGCAUCUCAAGGAAGUGGCUCUCCUGGCGCUCAGAGAAGGUCCAGCCAAAAUGCAGCUUCCUUUUUUAACGUUGGCCAUCACAAGUUGCCAGCCGGAAGGAAAAUUCCUAUUCUGCAGCCAGAUCACUUGGUUGAUGUACGAGAGAUGAUGUCUCAAGCUGAGGGGCAGCAGAGAGACUUGAUAAGAAGCAUAGAAUGCCUUCCUGCCUCUGGUCACCUUUCUUCCUUGGACCAAGACCUAUUGAUGCUCAAGGCGACCUCCAUGGCAACAAUGAAUUGCUUAAAUGACUGUUUCCACAUUCUUCAGCUACAGCAUGCAUCUCAACAGAAGGGCUCCCUAUCUACUGGGACAACGAUCAGUUGGUUGGAUCCGAAGAUCUCCCUGCCAAACCACUUCAAAAAUGGAGCAGAUCAGAAUUUCUCAGCAGAGCAAAACAAGCCAUCAUCUGUCACAGAGGAACAGUCAGUUUCAGACUCAAGCCAGUUAACCAGGGAUCCAGAGGAAAUAAACCCAGAUGAGGAGUUAGAGGAUACAUUUGAUAAUAAAGAGGAUGACCUUGGAGCAGUGGAAGAACAGCGUAGUGUUAUCUUGCAUCUCCUGUCUCAGCUCAAACUUGGCAUGGACUUAACAAGAGUGGUUCUUCCCACUUUUAUUUUAGAGAAACGCUCGUUGCUGGAAAUGUAUGCAGAUUUCAUGUCCCAUCCAGACCUCUUCAUUGCAAUUUCAAAUGGCAGUACUCCUGAGGAAAGGAUGAUCCGCUUCGUAGAAUAUUAUCUCACUUCCUUUCAUGAAGGUCGCAAAGGGGCGAUUGCAAAAAAACCAUACAAUCCGAUCAUCGGGGAAACGUUUCACUGCUCAUGGAAGAUGCCGAAGAGCCAAGUUCCAUCUGACACAAAUAGUAACUCUUCAUCACAUUCCCUCUCUGAGCAAGUUACCGUCUCAGAAGAGUCACAGGGUCAAGUGGAGUCGGACUGUUACACAGUUAGAUUUGUAGCAGAGCAGGUGUCCCAUCAUCCUCCAGUCUCAGGGUUUUAUGCGGAAUGCGUAGAAAGAAAGAUGUGUGUAAAUGCUCACGUUUGGACAAAAAGUAAAUUCCUAGGAAUGUCAAUAGGAGUGACAAUGGUUGGGGAAGGUAUUUUAAGUCUCUUGGAACAUGGAGAGGAAUAUACAUUUUCUCUGCCUUGUGCAUAUGCUCGGUCAAUUUUGACUGUCCCUUGGGUAGAACUGGGAGGAAAAGUCAAUGUUAAUUGUGCAAAAACUGGAUAUUCUGCAAGUAUUACUUUUCAUACCAAACCAUUCUAUGGUGGCAAGCUUCAUCGAGUCACUGGUGAAGUGAAACAAAAUGCAACCAGCACUGUGGUCUGUAGAGUGCAAGGCGAAUGGAAUAGUAUCCUUGAAUUCACCUAUAGCAAUGGAGAGACGAAAUACAUGGACUUGACAAAAUUGUCUGUGACAAGAAAACAAGUACGGCCCCUUGAGAAACAAGGACUGUUUGAGUCCAGGAAACUGUGGCAACAUGUGAGUGAAGCCCUGAGGGAAGGGGACAUUGAUAAAGCAACCGAGCAUAAGAGAGCACUUGAGGAACGGCAGCGGAAUGAAGAGAGGCUCCGGGCUGAGACAGACACACCAUGGCACACGAAGUACUUUAUGAAGGAUGGUGAUGGCUGGGUGUAUUAUAGCCCCCUUUGGAAAAGAAUGCCUGCUGUACAAAAUCAACAAGUGGAAACAAAUUAGAUGGCAUUUCUUCAAAAUGAUUUUUCUCUCUUAUCUAACCCCUACAACUUCCAAAAUGCUGUAUUUCACUAAGAGUCCUUUGGGAUUUUUAUGCAAUUGCACAAAAUUAUAUAAGCAUAAAGGAAUAAAACUGCUAGGGCACUUUAACUUUGCAGAAAAUCAAAAGGUAAAGAGAGAACCUUGCUGGGUAUGUCUGUCUUUUUCACCAAAACAUUUUAUAUGGCUCUCAAGAUUUUAUCUGAACUAUAAACUGUGUUCUUUCUAAGCACACCCUACUGCAAAAGCUGCCUAAGAUGUUUAAAAACAAAGAAACCACCACCUCCUACAAGCAGUAGUAUUCAGAGCUGCUAUGAUCUUUUGCCUAAGUGGAUUUACCUCUGGAGUAAUACCUGAACAGUUUUUCAGAACCUGUGCUUCAAUUUCCACUCAUUUCUGAAUUAUUCAGUGCCCAUAUUAAAAAAAAACCACACACACUUUUUGCUCUGAAUUACCUUGACCGGACACCAUGAAGAGGAGGCUUGGAAUCAGUGUUAAGGAUUUUAUGGAUCAGGACUUGAAACUUGCUUUUCAAAAUUAUUCUGCAGAGGCAAUGUGUGCAUGGCUGUGGAAGAAUGAGGGAUUAAUGUUAAACCAUACCUUUUUGGAAACAUUCUAAAAUAGAUUAGAAUUGUAAUUAUGAGGUUUUUCCUAUAUGUGAAAGAGUUGAGUAAAGAGGAGGGUGGGAGCAAGGGAUGAGAAAAAUUCUGAACAAAUUUCAGCUCCAGAUUAUUUAACUUCGCAGACUGUUUAUAGUCGCUUCAUGCUGUAAAUACCGUGAAGAUGUCCUGCCUCUUAAAGACUAAGGCCUAGACCUGAAUGAUGCAACCAUUUACAAAAUUGUAUUAAUUUCCUUCAGCUCUCUUCCUCCACCCUCCCCCUGCCUUGAAUCAUCUCUGACACAGAGUCAGUAUUACAGGUUGUCCAGGCAAGUGGUUUGAUUUGUCUUGUCUGUAUGGUCAAAGUCAGCCAUCUGUGUGUACCCUUCAAGUACAGAGACAGUCACUUUGGUUUUUCUAUAGUACCUGAAAAGGUGUUUUUUGCUAUGGGACUACAUACAUAACCAAUUGCAAUCUGAUAUGAGGAAACCAUGUUCGGGUAAAAACGUUUUUUAUGAUACCAAUAUGUCACUGAAAUCUAAAAAUUGCUGGCAAUUAAGAAUAGUACUGAUUUAUGGCUUUCAUUCUUGUUGUUACUACUACAAGCUACCUUAAUUUUUCUAAGAGUGGUGCCUUACUCUGUUUCUUCUUAUGUAGUCUUCCAAUCAGUGUAUAUACCAUUAUCUGUCACCUUCUGGUUCUUGUCAAUAGUGGGGCCUCUACCAUCAUGAAAACUUACGAACUGUGUGUCUGCGCUGUUUAAGUAUUUUUAUUUUCUUCCAUCUUGAGGGAAAAGAACAUCUUAUUAACCCAAGAAUGCAGUAAUACUAAUAUUCCACAAAGGCUGAAAAGUGUGCAAAAAGGAAAUCUGGGGGGUUUCACGCACACCUAUUGAGAUACCCUUGUACCCUUUUUUUUUUUUUUUUUGCUGUGAAAUGCACUGAAAUCUCAAUGCAAGUAAUGUAUGAUUCCAUGUGUGAGAAAUGGGGAGAGGAGGAAAUAAAGUUACCAAAAGUAA